AGGAGGGGAGUGGUAUUGGGAAGGGGGGGAAUCCGGGCAGCAGCCGAGCUCUGUGGCUUCAGGGCUCGGGGAGCGAGCGAGAGAGAGGGAGGGCGGCCAACAGUGAGUCGGUGCCGCCGCCUGCCUGAGGAGAGAGGAAGGGUCCCGGUUGCUUGUGUCCUUCGUGGCCCGAGAGCAUUAGGCGCCCGCGAACCUCUGAGGCCUCCCGGCCCCUGGGGACCCCGCCCCGCCCGGCCGGCCCGCGGCCUCUCCUCUUUGUGAGCGCCCCCUUCCCAGGGGCGGUGGUGGUGGCGGAGGGCUGUGCGUGGGCCCGCCCGCCGAGGGGCCGCGGCGGGGGACCGCGAGGGCCUCGGCUGUGUGAGGACGGGAGGCGGCCGAGGCCCGGGCCGGUUCCCCCGAGGCGGCGGCGGCGGCGGCGGCGGCGACUCCCGGCACUUCCCCGCGCCAUCUUAGCUGAGCCCCGGCGUUGAGGGCGCCUCCUCGACCCUGAUCUUCCCUUCGCCCCCCCCCCCCGCCCCUAGUUGCAGCGCUUGGGCAGGGCGGUUCGCUGGGCUCCGGGGGGGGGCGCGAGGCCCCCUCCUCCUCACUGCGCCCUCCAGCGUAGCGGCUCCCCGGACGCGGUAGGGGGCUGCGCCUUCCUACUCCGCCCCGGACCGGCCGGCGAAAGGUUUAUGUCAUCGUGGCUUCAUUCAUACAGAUGAACCAAGGAUUGGGGUAGCAGUAUAAAAUUAGAACCAGACAGCUGACUGCCAAACAGGAUGCCAUCAACUAACCGAGCAGGCAGCCUGAAGGACCCUGAAAUUGCAGAGCUCUUCUUCAAAGAAGAUCCAGAGAAGCUCUUCACAGACCUCAGAGAAAUUGGCCAUGGAAGCUUUGGAGCAGUAUACUUUGCACGAGAUGUGCGUACCAAUGAAGUGGUGGCUAUCAAGAAAAUGUCUUAUAGUGGAAAACAGUCUACUGAGAAAUGGCAGGAUAUUAUUAAAGAAGUCAAGUUUCUACAAAGAAUAAAACAUCCCAACAGUAUAGAAUACAAAGGCUGUUACUUACGUGAGCACACAGCAUGGCUUGUAAUGGAAUAUUGUUUAGGAUCUGCUUCAGAUUUACUGGAAGUUCACAAAAAACCUUUACAAGAAGUGGAAAUAGCAGCAAUUACACAUGGUGCUCUGCAGGGAUUAGCCUACUUACAUUCUCAUACCAUGAUACAUAGAGAUAUCAAAGCUGGAAAUAUCCUUCUGACAGAACCAGGCCAGGUGAAACUUGCUGACUUUGGAUCUGCUUCCAUGGCAUCACCUGCCAAUUCUUUUGUGGGAACACCAUAUUGGAUGGCCCCAGAAGUAAUUUUAGCCAUGGAUGAAGGACAAUAUGAUGGCAAAGUAGAUGUAUGGUCUCUUGGAAUAACAUGUAUUGAAUUAGCUGAAAGGAAGCCUCCUUUGUUUAAUAUGAAUGCAAUGAGUGCCUUAUAUCACAUAGCCCAAAAUGAAUCCCCUACACUACAAUCUAAUGAAUGGUCUGAUUAUUUUCGCAACUUUGUAGAUUCUUGCCUCCAGAAAAUCCCUCAAGAUAGACCUACAUCAGAGGAACUUUUAAAGCACAUGUUUGUCCUUCGGGAACGCCCUGAAACAGUGUUAAUAGAUCUCAUUCAAAGGACAAAGGAUGCAGUAAGAGAGCUGGAUAAUCUGCAGUAUCGAAAGAUGAAGAAACUCCUUUUCCAGGAGGCACAUAAUGGACCAGCAGUAGAAGCACAGGAAGAAGAAGAGGAGCAAGAUCAUGGUGUUGGACGAACAGGGACAGUGAAUAGUGUUGGAAGUAAUCAGUCUAUUCCCAGUAUGUCCAUCAGUGCCAGUAGCCAAAGCAGUAGUGUUAACAGUCUUCCAGAUGCCUCAGAUGACAAGAGUGAACUAGACCUGAUGGAGGGAGACCACACUGUAAUGUCCAAUAGUUCUGUCAUUCAUUUAAAACCUGAGGAAGAAAAUUACCGAGAAGAAGGAGAUUCUAGAACAAAAGCAUCAGACCCACAGUCUCCUCCUCAAGUAUCUCGUCACAAAUCACACUAUCGUAAUCGAGAACAUUUUGCUACUAUACGGACUGCAUCACUGGUUACAAGGCAAAUGCAAGAGCAUGAACAGGACUCUGAGCUUAGGGAACAGAUGUCUGGCUAUAAGAGAAUGAGGCGGCAACAUCAAAAGCAGCUGAUGACCUUGGAAAAUAAGCUAAAGGCUGAGAUGGAUGAACAUCGCCUCAGAUUAGACAAAGAUCUUGAAACUCAGCGUAACAAUUUUGCUGCAGAAAUGGAGAAACUUAUCAAGAAACAUCAAGCUGCUAUGGAAAAAGAGGUGGCUGGCUCAGUGUUUAUUAAUUUAUUUAUUUUAGUUUAUAGCAAUCUCAGAAAUAACUAACAUGGCAUUCUAAACAUUUUUAUUAAUAAUUUAAUGAUUAACAAGAUUGUAAGAUAACAGGAACUGAAUGAAAACCAGAGCACUCCAAAAAAAGAAAAGCAAGAGUGGCUUUCAAAGCAAAAGGAAAAUAUACAGCAUUUCCAAGCAGAAGAAGAAGCUAACCUUCUCCGACGUCAGAGACAAUAUUUAGAACUGGAAUGCCGUCGCUUUAAGAGAAGAAUGUUACUUGGGCGCCAUAACUUGGAGCAGGACCUUGUCAGAGAGGAGUUAAAUAAAAGGCAGACUCAAAAGGACUUAGAGCACGCCAUGCUACUGCGACAGCAUGAGUCCAUGCAAGAACUGGAGUUUCGCCACCUCAGUACAAUUCAGAAGAUGCGCUGUGAGUUGAUCAGAUUGCAACAUCAAACUGAGCUCACUAAUCAGCUGGAAUAUAAUAAACGAAGAGAAAGAGAGCUAAGGCGAAAGCAUGUCAUGGAAGUUCGACAACAGCCCAAGAGUUUAAAGUCCAAAGAACUUCAGAUAAAAAAGCAGUUUCAGGACACCUGCAAAAUCCAGACCAGACAAUAUAAAGCAUUAAGAAAUCACCUACUGGAGACUACACCAAAGAGUGAGCAUAAAGCUGUUUUGAAGCGACUCAAGGAGGAACAAACCCGGAAGUUAGCCAUCUUGGCUGAACAAUAUGAUCAUAGCAUUAAUGAAAUGCUGUCCACACAAGCUCUGCGUUUAGAUGAAGCACAGGAAGCAGAAUGCCAAGUUUUGAAGAUGCAGCUACAGCAGGAACUGGAGCUGUUGAAUGCAUAUCAGAGCAAAAUCAAGAUGCAGGCUGAAGCACAACAUGAUCGAGAGCUUCGGGAGCUUGAACAGAGGGUCUCCCUCCGCAGGGCACUCUUAGAACAAAAGAUUGAAGAAGAGAUGUUGGCUUUGCAAAAUGAACGCACAGAACGAAUACGAAGUCUUCUGGAACGUCAAGCCAGAGAAAUUGAAGCUUUUGACUCUGAGAGCAUGAGACUAGGUUUUAGUAACAUGGUCCUUUCUAAUCUCUCCCCCGAGGCAUUCAGCCACAGCUACCCAGGAGCUUCUGGUUGGUCUCACAAUCCUACUGGGGGUCCUACAUCUCACUGGGGUCAUCCCAUGGGUGGCCCACCACAAGCUUGGGGCCAUCCAAUGCAAGGUGGACCCCAGCCAUGGGGUCACCCCUCGGGGCCAAUUCAAGGGGUACCCCGAGGUAGCAGUAUGGGAGUCCGCAAUAGCCCUCAGGCUUUAAGGCGGACAGCUUCUGGGGGACGGACGGAGCAGGGCAUGAGCAGAAGCACGAGUGUCACUUCACAAAUAUCCAAUGGGUCACACAUGUCUUAUACAUAACUUAAUAAUUGAGAGUGGCAAUUCCGUUGGAGCUGUCUGCCAAAAGAAACUGCCUACAGACAUCGUCAAAGCAGCCUCCUCACUUGGGUACUACAGUGUGGAAGCUGAGUGCAUAUGGUAUAUUUUAUUCAUUUUUGUAAAGCGUUCUGUUUGUGUUUACUAAUUGGGAUGUCAUAGUAUUUGGUUGCCGGGUUUUGUUUAUAAUUUUCAGUGAAAUAUUGAAAAGGAGAGUUGAUGUAUGUGUGUGUAUGCAUACAUACACACACGUGUCAUGCAUGUGGUAAAAAGAAAUUGGCUAGAUAAGGGGGUAUUUUCUGAACACUGCAAAAAUAAAAUGCAACAAAGUGGCAUUCACUUUUGGGCAAUUCUAUAACUUAAGUUUGGGAAAAGAUCUAAAUCAUUUCUCCAUAUCCCAGAUUUAUAUGAGCCCUCAUCAGGCAGCAUAUGCUGAAACAAGUUUUUUUUGAAACACACCUGUAUCCCCUCACUCAUAUGUAUUUUCUUUAUUAAAUGAAUCUUAAACUCCUCAUCCUCAUUUGGAGUAAAAAAGAAAGUAGAUAUCCAUGAACACUAAAGUGUUGAAUUACUUUUUUUCAAAGUAGUUAACAACUUGGUUCUUUUUCUCAUUGCUAAAUAGAUUUGUCAGUGAUUUUUUUUUUUUUCUCCAUUCAAUUGUGCCUUCUUUGUGACAUGGUAAGAUGGAGGUGCUUAAAGAGAUGACAAGUUGUAUGGAAAUUGCAUUAAUGAACCUGUGAGCCUUCAAAGGGGAAGACCAAAAGUGAGAGAGGCCCCUGAAAGUUCAUAUGGUGGGUACAUUCAGCAGCAGGGUAUGGAGGUAAAGCCUAUAUACCCUGACAUUUUGUUGCUAAUACUGUGAUAGCUCAUCUAAGCUAAACUCUACUAUUUUCAAGACCCCAAAUAGUACUUUUUGUUUGUACAAAAACAAGACAUGUAGCCAAUACAAAUCAAAUGCCAGAGGUAUUUGAAUGAUGCCAUAUUUGCAAACUGCCAUCUAUUAGAAUUCUCAUCACACUACAUGAUUUGAUCCCCCCCCCCCCGGCUUAUGAGAUUUCCUGUUUACAAGUAGACUAGCCAAUUAUUUAAAUAUUUAGUUGCCAUAGUGAACCGGGAGUCACUGAGCCAAUAAUUUUACCAGCUGCUGAAUAACCCUCAUCACCACUGUAAAGAUUUUGCUGCCUAUGCAGGUCCUCCUUUCAUUUUUAAAUAUAAUUGCUGUUUUUAUUGCUGCAGUACUUUACAAAUGUCUAGUUCCUUGAGACUUAGUGGCCAUUGACAUCACAAGAUAGGAAACACAACUUGCAGAAGUCUCUAGCCUCAGUGCUAAAGUACUACUGAAAAGGAACUAGGGAUUUGGCAAAUUGAAAAAUAAUAAAUUAUAGUGGUCAGGGAAUUGCUUGACUAAAGCUAACUUUUUUUUUCCCCAGAGAGGAGCGUGUUUUGCUUUAUUUUAUUUUACAAUGAAGGAUCAACUCAGUGCUGAAAAUCAGAUGUUACUUGGUAUGCUACUGCCAGUGUGGGAGGUGGGUGGGUAAGAAGUUAUAUAUAUGACUUGGAGGGAAAAAGCAUGUCCUUUCCAGUGACAUAUCACAUUUUUCUUUCAAAUUACUUACUGCCCUGCCUCCUCUGGAGUUACCUUAAAGAACACUUGCUGUUAACUCUGGAUUCUGCUUUUACAGUUUGAAAGCUCCAAGGUAGAAUUCUCUUAAAUUCCUAUCAAUAAUAUUCUUCACCUAUACCAGACUAACAACUAAAUAAUAAUCUACCACAAUUGAAAUCUUGAUUUUCACAAUCAAAUUUAAAUCUUCCUAAGAUACGUCACUCCAGUUUUCAUGACUCUUUUAAAUUUAAAAUCACAGUACAAUUUACACAUGACUUUAGACAGUGUUUCAAGUACAUUGUGCUGUCAGUCAUGAUUGAGAUUACCAGUUUCUAGAUGGACAUGGCAUGUAUCUAAUGAAGGGAGGUUUAGAUUUUUUUCACUAUCGUUUUUGCAAUUGAGUAUUUUACAAUAUCUCAAACAAAUGGAAAUAUAAACCUAAAAUUAGGGAGGAAGUCAUAGAAGAGAGCUUUAUAAUAAUUAAAUACCCAGAAAUACUGGGUUGUCAGAAAAGUCAUGACAUGUUUUCCUAUGAUACAAAAAUGCAUAAUGAUUUUUCGACAAUCCAAUAUAAUGAAUUUGAUACUUUAAAUUUUUUAUUGUUAUUGUUAAGAUGACUUACUAGAUCUGGUCUCUGUACUAAUGAAGGAGUGGAAUAGGGAUGCAUCAGUUUUGCAUACAAACCUCUAUAAAAUCUGAAAUAUUACCAGUGAUAUAUGUUAAUGUCCCCUUAUAGGCUUAGUCAAGUGCAGUUACUGAAUUCAUUUAGAUCAUAUGUACUUAUAAAAGUGUUAUUGAAUACUAACUCCAGAUGUCUAUCCAGUCGGGUUUUGUAUCUGAUUUAACUGUGUGGCAACCACUUUUACAUGUAGGUUAUGACUAUAUCUGGAUUACUCCAUUAACUAAUUUUAAUUAAAAAUAUAUAGUUUACAAAAAUUAUUUGAAUUAAUUUUGGUGUGUGUGUGUAAGAUCUAACUUCUAAUUAAUCUCAUACAUGAUAGGACUCAUUAAAGAGGAACUUGCAGCAAGAAAGUUUGAAAGGUUUGAUAGGUCCUAAAGAAAGAAACAGACACUUUCUGAAUCAGUAUGCAAAUAUCAACCAUUGAUCAAAUUAAUACUACCUCCUCCCCUUUCUUGGUGUUCACUCAUUAAAUACAUGUUUAAGGAAAAAAAUAAAGCAUGGGAAAUUUGUCCAGCAUAACAGAACGUUAUAAAUGCUAUAUCUGGUAUCCAGAGAUCGGCAGUAAAACAUUCUUGUGUUCACUGUCUUUUAUUUUAUUUUAGUUAGCUUUUUAAAAAUAUAAAUCUUCAUACCUGAUAUAUAUAACUCCUAAUUGGGCUCCCUUCCUUUUGCACAUAUUUUUUUCCCUUUAUUUAGGUCAGCUCUGACCUCAAAUUAUGUACUAUUUGAAAGUAUUUUCAUUAUAGAGAUAAUGCUAGAUGGAAAUUUUGUUUUUGGUUUUAUUCAGAGCUGCCAUUUUUUUCCCAGGCAUUUCUAUGCCUUGACAUUGAAUAGGCCUGAAUUUGAAGCCAUACCUUAUGUUUGGUUUUCUAGGCCAAGAGUUUAUUGGCAAAUUGAACUUUUUGCAUAGCCCUUUUAUUUCCAGCUGCCUACACUUCAGUACACCAUUCAGUACAGUACAAGAAACUUUCCUUGACACUCCCAUCUAUUUUUCCUAACUUCCUUUUCAAAAAUUGAAAACUGAGUGUCUUUUUCAGACCAUAAGGCAGACUUUAGUAACUUGCUACUUCUUAAAGUACUAAAUGUCUGGCAUUUUAAUCUUUUAUAAAAUACAUUGUGUUGGACACUGGAAUAAUGCUGUUUAUUUUCACCUGUGAAAAAUGACUAUUGUACUUGAAACACUUCCUUUGCAUUUCUCCAUUUGUGCCAUUCACUAGUGGAAAUAAAUUGUAUUAUACCAUGAUCUACUGGCUUUUUAAAACUGUGUUAAAUAUGCACAUUUUUGGUAUAGCUAUUACCAUUUAUAUGUAUAUAUUGUAUAUACAUAUGAGUGUCUAUAUGUGUGUAUAAGUAGAUGGAUGUAACUCAUACUGUACAUUUCCAUCAGGGCACUUAAGAUUCUAUUGUGUUUUGUUAUUUCAGCCUUCAGUUAAGGCAGGAAUGCUUGUCUCUUUCUGAAGAAUGAGUACUCUGGGUUGAUAUUUAUGAGGUGUUCAUUAGAUACAAUCUUUUUUUUUUUUUUUAAUUUCCUUAUAGCACUUGGGUGAGUGGGAAAGAAAAAAAGUUAUAUCAAAUGUGGAACCAUGCAUUGCAGUUCAGUAAAAUAAUUCUGGGGAAGGAGCCAGCUAGUGUUUCUGUGAGUUUAUUGUAAUAAAGAAAUGUUGCAGAGAGAAAUGAACCAUGGAGAUUAAAAACACUAGUGGUGAUUCCUCUGCAAGAUGAUUUAAAAAAAAAAACAAUAAACCACACAAUCUUCAUGUGUCUAUAUGUCUUUCUUAUAGUGAUGGCAUUCAUAGUCUUUUUUUUUUUUACUCCAUUAUAAUAAUUAUAAUUUUUCUAGGGACCAAAAGAACCAAGAAAUAAAUUACCACUAAAGCAGCAGAACUUCUAAACUAUAAAAUUACUAGGAACAGCCCCUGGGAAAGAAGGACAUGGCAUCGGCAUGGGGUCUCACCCUCUGACCGCCUCUUGCUUGCUAAUAGUGAGUCCUUCGUGCACCUUCCAUCCCUUCUGAGCCACUGCUAUUCAAGCCGAGAUUUGGCUGGUCACAGCAACUCCUACUUGGGAGUUUUCUAUGGUCCUUUUAUUUUUUAUUUUUUUUAUUUUUUAGGUCCCAUGCUCACAAUGUGAAAUGUUUGUGUGUAUUCAAGUCAGAAAAUAAUAUAUUUAAGGUAUAUGUUUGAAUCUCCUCUAGUGAUGGAAGAAGACAUUCUUGUUUCUCAGAAAACUGCCUUCUCUUAAGGAAUAAAGACAAAACUUAGGUUCUCAUCUUUGAGUUUUGCUUACCAAAAUAUAGAUCAUUGAAGAGAAGCAAACUUCUGUUAUCUUUUGCUCAUAUAAUGUGAUAGUGGCCCCAACCAGAUUGUAAUACUGCUUUUGAAAAGGCACUCAUUCAUUCUUAGUUGUAAAGAACUGGAAAUUUCCCAUUCUCAGAUACAUUAAAGGAUGAAGAAUAUGCUAUACGUUUAGCAGACUUGCCUCUUGUAUGCAAGGACUACUGAUUGAAGUCUGUCUUGCUGUGUGUCUGGGUAUGUUGUCUGCACUUUCAUGAAGGCACCACAGUAGGUCUACAUUGGAAGUGGCUUAAAUUUUUUUUUUUAAGUAAGCUUUCCUAAACAGUGUCUAGAAAAAGAAAGUGAAGCUGAGAACUUCCUUAUACUGCAUUGACAUUUUCUACUAAAUUCUGGUAGCCCCUUUGAAAUCACAUGGAUUAAUUUUUUCCCACAAUUGCAUUCAGAUUUUAAAAUUUUGCUUCAGCAAGGGAAGAGAACCCAUUUGUUCUGUAGUCUUCAGAUCAUGAGAAACAGAUACACUAGUUUGCACCUUAUCUACCUGUUGUGGGUUUCUUAAACUUGCACUUCUCUUCCACCCACCCCAAUGUAGAUGCUUUAAAAAAUAAGACUGGGGAGUCAUUUUACAAUGUCACAACCACUGUCAGCUGUUUCCAAGCAAUCCUAACUUUUUGAAACUUCAGAGAUUAUUUAUGUGUAUAUGUGAUAGUAUUUGAUUUUUUUUUUUAAUACACAAGAAAUUAUUUUUUAAAUCGAGGGGGGGAAAGGUGGAUCCUCUCUGAAACAGGAUGCCCAUUGAACAUACUAAUCUGGACAUCUGUAGGUAGUUUGCCAUGAAAUGGUGGAGAGAAGAUGAGACUUCUGAAGGAAUGAAAAGGGUAUAUUGAUGCCCACAAAUUCCCCCCAAAGUACGGGUAAUUCAACCUGCACAGUUUCCUUUUCACUCAUGAUUUUUAGCAAUUGUGAGUGGAAAAAUCAUGUAAUUAUCUGUAAAUAUGUAGCUAACAAAUUGACCUAGUUUCUGUACCCUUUUCUGUUUGUUUUUGUACUAAAAUUGGUAAGUCUGUGCCAGUUAGAGAGGAGUUACUGUCAUAGCCAGUUGUGGUCCUAGCAUCUUAACUCAAACCAUCCUAGAUGACAUUUUUUAGAGUUAAUGCUUAUGUGUUGUUAAACGGGGAAAUGAAGCUUAGUCAUUGGUCAGGUUUAAAUCUUUUUAAAUGAAGCUAUUUUAUUUAAUAUAAUCAUUACAUGUCCUGAAUCAUGAAUGAGAUAGGGAGCCUUCCUCCCCCAGUGGCCAUGUUUACAGAAAGUGUGUGUUGUCUAUAAAGUAUAAGUUUAUGUGUUUAUUUACAUUAGGCAGGUGAUAACAUACCUUAAAAGUGUUUAUUGGGCUCUCUAGCUGAAUUUCCAAAUAAAAUGAGCUAUGUUUAUUGCUAGCACAUUGAUCCCACUUCUGGAGCUUUUUCCUAUUUCCAGAAUUACAUGUUUGACAUCCCCACUUACCUUUUCCUGAAUAUGCAUUGUAGCCUAAGAUUUUGAAGGCUGGUGAAAUGGGUAAGGAAAUGCAUUUUAAAAAUUUGUGAAUCCUUAUUUGUAUGCUUUCAAGUACUCAAAUUGUUUCCAUGGCAAACUUCCAUGAAGUCUAGAAAUGAGAUACCAAUUUUAAUAAAAAGUGUGCUCUUUGCUUUUGCAUGUCUUGGCUUAGCAUCAAAAGCAUGUUAGGACCACUUAAAAACAUGAAGACCAGUUAUUAGGGAGCAGGUUUCUCUCAGUGGCAUAUUUUGCUUUUUCUGAGCCCUUAAAGACAUUGCCUCAGCAUGAACACUACAUAAUUACACAUGGUUUUGGAAUGAAAUAUGUAAUUUCAAAGGAUGCAACUGCUUGAUAUUUGUGGAUGCUAGCUGACCCGUGUGACUACUUGGCACAUAUCAAGCAAAUCUGGGGAAUGUUGCAACUCCUCUAACCCCUUUUUUGUCAUAAACAAGUAUAUUUAUUAAAAUGUUAACUGUUUCUGGUAAAAUACCAGACAGAUGAUUUUUUUGUGGUUAUUCCAAAUGUGUGUCUUUGCAUUUUAUAAUAGCAAAUAACACACUCUCUCCCCAUAGAGAAGUUAUACCUUUUAUUCCACAUUAAAUGGAAAUUGUGCCUACUUAGAGUGCCUCUCCAAUUAAUUACUCUCAUACUGUGUCCUAAGAUAAUACAAGCCAAAGACACAGGGUAGGGAAAAUGAAAAUUACAAGUCCACUUGAGGCCAGUAAUUGAUCUGACAAGAUAUUUCCCCCGCAUUGUCUUGACACAACAUUUGAUAUGUGAGCCCAUUGUGAGUUGCAGGUGGUUUCAUUGAACAAAAUCCAAAUGAAAGGAAUAUGGAGGGGUUAGAAACAGGAGGUCAUUUAUUUUUUUUCCUUUUAUGACCCUUCUAUGCUAGAACAAGUUAAUUAUCCAAAUGUAUUUUGUCUUUUAGGGAAAUUUUUAUAAAAGCGAUGUUCUGAUGUAAAUAACAUUUAAAAUAAAAUGCACAUAACUUCCCCAGACUAUUCCAACCUAAUCAUUUGUAAAUGCUUUAGAGGUUUUUUUUUUUUAAUUAACAGUUGUGUUGCUAAAUCCUAUUUAUGUAAGUCUGUUAAAAAUUUUAACCCAUUAAAAUUUAAGAAAAAUUCAAAUAGUGGAUGGGUUACUUUAGGCAAUUUAGCUUUCAGAAUCCUCUUGUUUCAGUAUAUGAAAAAGAUAGUCUAAUGCUCAUUAAUGAGGCUGGAGAGAGUAUGAGAAAUCUGUAUAGUGUAUAUUUUAAAAACAGCUUUGCUUGUAUUGUGGAGAUUUUAAAACAGACAUGAGAUUUUUAACAUAACUAUUAACACAGUUUUAACAUAAAUUAUCCCACUGGGUUUAAGAGCAUCUUGAAUGUAUAAUCCUGUUUGUAGCCCAGGUUGGUUUCUUUUAUCAAUCAUCCAAACAUAUUUAUGUUUUUAGUUUUAUAUACUCAUUUCCCCUUGUUUUCCUCAAAAGCAUGAAUUUUUUUUUUGCACAUGUAGAAAAUUUUUAAAAGAAAAAUUUAAACUUUUAUCUCUGGAUUUUCUUUCUCUCUACUAACCCCUUUCUUUAUUUAAAGGCCAUAUCGCUCUGUUUGCAUUGUUUGUGCAAAAUGCCAGGGUUGGGUUUUUCUUUUUUUUUUCUUUUUUUUUGCUAUUUACCUUAAAAAAGAAAAAACUGCUUCAAUUGCUUUUUAUUUAAAAAUAAGGGGGGGAAAAAAAGCUGUAACCUUAUCAUUUCUGAGUAGACCAUUGAAAGAUGAAUGCACAGCUGUAAUUACCCAGGACCAGCUUUGGUGGCUAAGGGAAUAUUUUCACAUAGCAAGAGGCUCUUUUCUAGAAGACACACACAAUCUCAGUUAUUCCCACAAGUCAGGGUCCAGAUAAAAUGAAGGCUCUCAGCUAACUGAUAUGUUAUCAUCAGGGUUCAUCAAUGAAUUUGUACAUUUCUAGUUCCCUUUGGUAAAGGGGAAAAUGGUUUUGCAAGACGCAGACUUUGGCUUGGUCUCUUGCCUCUUUGGCGGCCCUCAUCUUCUCAUCUCCCAGAGCCCUCAGUCCUGUAGAAUUUUCAUAGUGGGCGAAGGGUUAGUGGUUUAUUAAAACUAGGAAUGUUUAUUGUUUUGUUUACUUCUUUUUUUUUUUCUUUUUUGGUGAGAGAUUAUGCUGGAGUGUGAUGUUCUGCCACUUUUCUAAUGACUUAUUUUAACUAUAUACACAGUCCUGUCAAUUUUUGGACCAAACAGACACCCACAGUGCAGAUUUAACAAGAGUUGCAAUGAGGAAGAAACCUCUCCCUCGCUGUCAGCAUCAGCUGGUAAAGGUGACUGGACAGAUGUGCAUUUUCCUUUUGGUAGAAAUGGUCCACAACACUAACUGGUAAGGCUUAUUGUACAGUAUAUUGUCAGUAUUCUUCUGGUUCAACAUACCUUAUAGUUCACAUAUAACCUGUAUUAAUUGUAUAGAUUGUGCAUUUAAAGCUGUUACCAACUUGUCAGAACAUAAGAGAGAAAACAAGGUCAUAUGUAAUAUUUUGUUUGUAAGUAUCCUUUGUAUCAUAGCAAAGGAAAUGUUUAAAAAAAUCAACUGUAAUAAAGUAAUUUUAGUACA